AUGACAUUUCCUGACAUUCACACGGCUCCGGAAGGAUCCAAUGAACAGCACAGGCGGGGUUACACUGACCAAUGGUCGCGGUGGGGGUUAGGGAAGGAUUCGAGCAGACGCAUCGCUAAUUGAGAGGAAUCAGGCGUACGGGAUGGUGAGACUCUCACGGUCACUUUACCAGACUCUGAAUGGCCUAUUCGCUGUUUACAAACCGCCGGGAAUUCACUGGAAGAGGCUUCGUGACACCGUGGAAACCAAACUGCUGAAAGAACUCAAUUCUUUGGAGCAGCCUGUUCUUUGGCAACAAGUCCGAUUUUUGCCAAGCUUCACUGAGGGGGAGAACGGGAAUGAAACCAGUCUAACUGUGGCCCAGCUCCCUGUGCUGGCUGGUCACCCGCAAGUUAAAGGCCCUGCGUUUGUUGCUCUGAAGGUGGGUGCAGGUCAUCGCCUGGAUUUGCAAUCGUCUGGUGUUCUGGUACUGGGAGUUGGAAACGGAAACCAGCAGUUAGCCCAUCUCUACAACUCUCACCUGACCAAGGAAUACACCGUUAAAGGAAGCUUCGGAAAAGCAACUGAGGAUUUCUCUGACACGGGUAGACUGAUCGAGAGAACAACUUACGAUCACAUCACACUGGAUAGGCUGGAGCGCAUCAUUGCAGUGAUCCAGGGCAGUCACCAGAGAGCACUGCUAACGUAUUCUGGCAUCGAUUUGAAAAGCCAAGAAGCAUAUGAGCUGGCAUCGCGGGGACUGUUACGGCCAAUGCACAAAUCCCCUCCCAUCAUUACUGCCAUUCGAUGUGUACACUUUUCCCCUCCGAACUUCAUGCUGGAGAUCCAGUGUCUACAUGAGACCCAGCAGUACCUACGAAAGGUCAUCCAUGAAAUAGGUUUGGAGCUGAAGUCGUCAGCAGUGUGUACCCAUGUGCGACGCACACGUGAUGGGAUUUUCACAGUGGAAGAUGCAUUGAUCAGGACACAAUGGGAGCUGCAGAGCAUACAGGCUGCAGUCCGAGCCAGCCGCUCAAAAGUGAAAGCCAAGCUCCAAGAGGACAGCUGGAGGCACACAGACAUCGCAGGGGAAGACAUGUUCACUGGAGUGAAAGCCCAGGAGAGGAGCAACAGGUGUUCAGGACCCACACUAGUGGGAGACUGAUCUGGAGCCCUAGCACAGAGCCCUCUCCUAGGCUGCAGUGUGCACACACUAUGGAUUUGACUGUUUGCUUACCGAAGAAGAGAUCAGUCAGGCUGAUUUUAAGUGGGAACUCUAAUGUUUCAAAACGCUGGGCUUUUUACAUAGGAGCAGCUUUGUAAAUCUGUUAAUUCUUAUUGUGUUGAAGCAAUAAAAAGACAGCCUGGUGAUUAA